GCAGAAGAAGCCUCGGCUCGGUCUUGUUUUUGUCCGCUGCGACACGCAGCGUUUCCGCUGUGAAAAUGCGCAUUGAAAAGUGUUAUUUUUGCUCCGGACCAGUUUACCCCGGACAUGGGGUGAUGUUUGUACGGAACGACUGCAAGUCCUUCAGAUUCUGCCGAUCAAAAUGCCACAAGAACUUCAAGAAGAAGCGAAACCCAAGAAAAACCAGAUGGACCAAAGCAUUCAGAAAGGCUUCAGGAAAAGAGCUGACAGUGGAUAACUGUUUGGAGUUUGAGAAACGCAGAAAUAUUCCUGUGAAGUACAGCAGGGAGAUGUGGGAGAAGACAGUGGAAGCAAUGAAGCGGGUGGAGGAAAUCAAACGGAAACGACAGGCGAGAUUUAUCAUGAACAGAUUAAAGAAGGGCAAAGAGCUGGAGAAAGAGGAGGCCAUCAACGAAGUCAAGAAAAAUAUUCACCUCAUCAAGGCGCCACAUGCAGGAAAGGCCAAACAGCUGGAGGACAAAAUGGUUCAGAAGUUACAAGAAGAUGUGGAAAUGGGGGAAGAAGAUAUUUAAUCUUAACCCGGAGCAGUGAUUCUUUUUGUGUCAUGACACCCUUCAUUUAUAUUGUUCUGCUGUUUGGAAUUAAAGUUUCCAAAUACCAGAUGAUGCUUAUAAAGAGUUUUGAUUCGCUUCAG